CUUCCGAUGCCCCUAGGGUUCCUCCUCAACAACCGCCGACCCUGAGCAGCUGCCAGAGAGAAAAAAUUCUUCAGCUGUUGCUCACUCUGCAAUCGCGUUUAAGAAGAUAAGCUAUGGGAAAGGAGAAGGUUCACAUCAGCAUUGUGGUUAUCGGUCAUGUUGAUUCCGGAAAAUCAACCACCACCGGUCACCUCAUAUACAAGCUUGGUGGUAUUGAUAAGCGAGUUAUCGAGCGGUUCGAGAAGGAAGCGGCUGAGAUGAACAAGAGGUCAUUCAAGUAUGCAUGGGUGCUUGACAAACUCAAGGCCGAGCGCGAGCGUGGUAUCACUAUUGACAUUGCCUUGUGGAAGUUCGAGACCACAAAAUACUAUUGUACUGUCAUCGAUGCUCCCGGCCAUCGUGAUUUUAUCAAAAAUAUGAUCACUGGAACUUCUCAGGCAGAUUGUGCUGUGUUGAUCAUUGAUUCCACUACUGGAGGUUUUGAAGCCGGUAUUUCCAAGGAUGGCCAGACACGUGAGCAUGCCCUUCUUGCUUUCACCCUUGGUGUGAAGCAGAUGAUUUGCUGUUGCAACAAGAUGGAUGCCACCACGCCAAAGUAUUCUAAGGCGAGGUAUGAUGAAAUUGUGAAGGAGGUUUCGUCCUACUUGAAGAAGGUGGGUUACAAUCCUGAGAAAAUCCCCUUUGUGCCAAUAUCUGGAUUUGAAGGCGACAAUAUGAUUGAGAGAUCUAGCAACCUUGACUGGUACAAGGGUCCAACUCUGCUUGAAGCCCUCGACUUGAUUCAAGAACCGAAGCGUCCUUCGGACAAGCCCCUUCGUCUUCCUCUCCAGGAUGUCUACAAGAUUGGAGGCAUUGGAACUGUUCCCGUGGGAAGAGUUGAGACGGGAAUCCUCAAACCCGGAAUUGUGGUGACAUUUGGACCUACUGGCCUGACAACUGAAGUCAAGUCUGUUGAGAUGCAUCACGAGGCUCUUCAGGAAGCCCUUCCUGGGGACAAUGUUGGCUUUAAUGUCAAGAAUGUUGCUGUUAAGGACUUGAAGCGUGGAUUUGUGGCCUCAAACUCCAAGGAUGAUCCAGCAAAGGAAGCUGCAAAUUUUACUUCGCAGGUCAUCAUUAUGAAUCAUCCAGGCCAGAUUGGCAAUGGCUACGCUCCUGUUCUAGACUGUCACACCUCCCACAUUGCUGUUAAGUUUUCUGAGAUAUUGACGAAGAUUGACAGGCGCUCUGGUAAGGAGCUUGAGAAGGAGCCUAAGUUCCUGAAAAAUGGGGAUGCUGGAUUUGUGAAGAUGAUUCCUACAAAGCCCAUGGUUGUUGAGACAUUUUCUGAGUAUCCUCCGCUUGGGAGAUUUGCUGUUAGGGACAUGAGGCAGACUGUUGCUGUCGGAGUUAUAAAGAGUGUGGAGAAGAAGGAUCCAACUGGAGCCAAAGUUACCAAAUCUGCUGUGAAGAAGAAAUGAAGUGAGGACUGCUUCGUUUCAAUUGUGUUCGAGUCAUUUGUUGUUCGUGUCUGCAGGUUUUUAAUUAAUAAGUGUGAUUUGGUCGACUUGGCAUCUUGUGUUUGGAUGCAGAACUGGGUGCUUGACCGGAGGUGGCGCUGAAAAAUUUAUUUUGCUUGUUUUAUGUUUAAUUUAUUUUGCAUUGUUAAAGGUCUUUGAGUCUGUUGUUGAAGACAUUGUGUCGGAUUUUUCUUUUCCAUGGUUAUUUCUGAAGUGCAAUUUGAACUAAUAUGACGUUUGCGAAGCUUGGAUUGGUUUACAGCCUAAAUGUGCUCUUCAA